CGAAAUUCGGUGGUAUAGAUUCUUGUUGCCUUUGUUCUCUCAUCUUUGAACAUUUGUUACAAAACAGACAAGGGGUCGAUUAAUAUAACCUUUUUCAUAAAUAAAUGAUUUGCGUUUGUCAAAUAAAGGUCGACGCACGGGGCGGGGCGAGGCGCCGGGGGGCUGCCGCUGCCGGCAAUCCGAAAUUCCGUAGGCGCUGGGCAGGAGCCGGCGCUGCGCGUGCGUUUCGGGUCUUUUUUUUGCUUGGACUUGGCCUUCCACCCUUUCCCUUCCCUUCCCCUGCGUCUGCUGCCACGAGACGAGACGAGGCGCGGGCACCGCCGGUCCGCCGACGGGAGGACCGGGUCCGGGACUCGGGAUGGUCAGACACAUGUCGCGUGGUGUCCCAACCGUCCGUCCAUGGUCAGGUCUGCUGCCUCGCCAGCCAAUCUGCUCUGCUCUGCUCUGCUCUGCCCUGCGGUAAAACCAGGCACGCACGACACAAAAAGCCGAGCUCGAGAGUGACAUCGUCUCGCAGGCAGUCGCGGUUGGGGUGGCUUCUCUAGUCGCUAUAAAAUGGCCUCUGGUUGCGUCGCCUCCCUCUCCACCCGUCCGAUCUAACCGUCCCACCGCCCAAGCCACUCGAGGGCCGAUCUUGCUGCUGCCCUGGCCCCUGGCCCCUGGGCCCUGGCCCUUCGCCCUCCGCCCUCCUCCUCGGCACCGUCUCGUCCGACCAUGGCUGCUGACUCGGGCAAGAUGCCGUCCGCCGGCGGCAAGGCGCCGCCGCCCAAGUCAUCCGAAUCCGGCAUCAUGAAGAGGCUCCCGCGCCUGGCGCUCGUCUUCCUGGUGGCGCUGCUGUACCGGCAGCUGCAGGCCCCGGCUCCCAGGGUCCCCGGAACGCCCGGCGGCCCCCCGGUGACGUCGCCGAGGAUCAGGCUCAAGGACGGCAGGCACCUCGCGUACCACGAGUCGGGCGUCCCCAGGGAGCAGGCCAGGUACAGGAUCGUCUUCAUGCACGGGUUCGACUCGUGCAGGUACGACGUGCUCCGGGUGUCGCCCGAGCUGGCCCGGGAGCUGGGCGUCUACCUGCUCUCCUUCGACCGGCCCGGGUACGGGGAGAGCGACCCGCACCCGGCUAGGACCGACAAGAGCGUCGCCCUGGACAUCGAGCAGCUCGCCGACGCCAUGGAGCUCGGCGACAGGUUCUACCUCGCCGGCUUCUCCAUGGGCGGGGAGAUCAUGUGGAGCUGCCUCAAGUACAUCCCGCACAGGCUUUCCGGCGUAGCCAUCCUGGGCCCCGUGGGCAACUUCUGGUGGUCCGGGCUCCCCGCGAACGUGUCCCUGGAGGCCUGGAACGUGCAGGUGGCGCAGGACAAGUGGGCCGUGGGCGUGGCGCACCACGCUCCCUGGCUCACCUACUGGUGGAACACCCAGAAGCUGUUCCCGGCCUCCAGCGUCAUCGCCUUCAACCCGGCCAUCAUGUCCCCGGCGGACAUGGAACUCAUCCCCAGCUUCGCCUACAGGACCCACGCCUACCAGGCGCGGCAGCAGGGGGAGCACGAGAGCCUGCACCGCGACAUGAUGGUCGGCUUCGGCAAGUGGAGCUGGAGCCCGCUGGAGCUGGAGGACCCGUUCCCCGACGGCGACGGCAAGGUGCACCUGUGGCACGGCGCCGAGGACCUCAUCGUGCCCGUGGGGCUGUCUAGGCACAUCAGCAAGAGCCUGCCGUGGGUGCGCUACCACGAGCUGCCCACGGCCGGCCACCUCUUCCCCAUGGCCGACGGGAUGGCCGACGUCAUCGUCAAGUCACUGCUGCUGGGCGACGAGUGACGAUUGUCAUCUCCCGUCGUCGUCGUCGAGUCGAUCUCCCUCUCCCUCUUCCUCCCCCCCUGCUUUUUCCUGUGCGCGCGAGUCUUUUUGACUCUUUGUAGUGCAGUGAGAGAAUGCUACGGACAUGUCUUUGCGAUCGUUACUCCUAUUCCUAUAUAAUAUAUGAUAUAUAGAUAAAGAAAUAUUAACGGGAUGUUUAGUUUCUAAAGACUAA